GAAAACAUCGUUAUCCUCUUCUUUUAAAGCACGCCACCGUAACUGUCCCAUUAAACCACCUUACCGGCAUUUACGCCAUAGAAUAAAAACCAUCCAUAGCAUACGUCAUUUCAUCCGACCUCACUCAAUGACUCCGGGCUUCUUCUCCAUCAUCACAAUAACAUCAGAAGCACCCAGAAUCAAAAUUUUCUUUGUGACUCACUCACGAUUUUAAACUUUUGCGUUCAUUAACCUUGCCAACCUGAGACAACAAUAGAGGCACAAUCAUGAGCGACGCUUCAAACCAACCAACCCGUGCGGGAUCUCUCACGCCGGAGAUGAUAGAGUUCGCAAGCAGGAUGUACGAUGCCGCGAGAAAGGGAGACGUGGCCACGUUUGAGCAGGCUCUUCCAGCAGGCCUACCUCCAAAUCUGACAAACGACAAGGGCGAUACCUUGCUUAUGCUCGCUGCGUACCACGGUCAUGCAGACUUAGUAAAAGUUCUCAUUCAACAUGGUGCGGACCCUAAUCGUCUCAAUGACCGAGGGCAGAGUCCUCUCGCUGGGGCAGUGUUCAAGAAGGAAGACGCAGUAGUUCAAGAGUUGCUAGAUGGGGGCGCGGAUCCUGAAUACGGGCAGCCAAGUGCUGAUGAAUGCAUCGCAAUGUUCAAACAGGAGGAUACAUGGAAGUCAAAAUUUGAUGCCGCCCCCGGCAAAGGACAGGCUGGAAAGACAAGGGAGGUCGAGGGUAAAGAGUAAAGGUCUAGGUUUAAAAGGUUCAAGUGAGUCAAGUUACUUGUUAUGGUACCUUUCGGAGAAAAGAAAAGCUUGCUACUCAUUUUGAGAAACAUGAAACAUUGUAAUGAAGCGAAAUGACUUGAAUAGUUCUCAUUAUGAUAAAGAUUCAAAAG